AUGAACAAUCAGUUAAUAGUUGCAUAAUGUAAAAAUAAAGUAGAAGAAUCUAUUUAUGGAGUUUAAUAAGAGUUGGAGGUAAGGUAUUAAAAUCAUCAUUAGUUUUCUUUCAACAAAAUUGAUGCAUUUCUUGAUUAAUUUCCUCUAGCUUCUUAUAUACCUCUUUCUCACAAAAGCGCUGGUGAUGGUCCAAAAUUAGCUUAGAUUUCCUUCUCUUUAAUAUAAAACUUUACCAAUUAAUUAAUUUAAGAAGUGAAACCCAUCUUGAAAUCAAUUAUUCAUUAAGAACUUCAAAAGCUGGCUUAAGUUUAAUAAUCAGCUAAAUAUGCAAAAGAAAAUAAUAAAUAACUACAUCCAAUUAAGUAAGACAACCAAAAUUAAUCAAAUUCUAACCCAUUCAAAUAUAAUUUAAUGCAAAAUCAUUCAAUUAAAUAAAAAGAAUAUUGUAGAGCAAUUGCUAUUAAUAAUGAUAAUUCAAUUGUAUUAGCUGGAUGUAAUAGUGACAUCAAAGUAUUUGAAUUUAAAUAAGAAUAGUUGAAACUAAUUCAACUUCUAAGUGAACAUUCAUAUAAUGUUAAUACUUUAAAUUUUAUGAAGAAAUCGACUCAAUUUAUCUCUGGGAGUUAUGAUAGAUAGAUAAUAAUAUGGAGUAUGGAUCAAUAUAAUUAAUGGAUCUGCGAAUACAAAUUGAAUGAACAUAAUGAUGAAAUUAAUUGUUUAAUUUUGAAUAAUAAUGAAGAUCUUAUCAUAUCGGGAAGCGAUGAUAAAAAAAUUAAAUUUUGGAAAAAGCAGAAUUAAUGGAGAUGCUCAUAAACUAUUACAGAUCACGCAAAAGAUGUAGUAGGAUUAAGUUUGAAUGAGAAACAGGAUAAAUUGAUAUCUUGUGGAUAUGAUAUGUUUAUAUUAAUAAUAGAACAGUCAUAAUGGGGUUAAAAAUGGAAAGUGAUAUAAAAGAUAGCAGUUGAAUAUUUUGGGUUAAGAUUAUGCUUCAUCAAUAAUAAUGUAUUCACAUUUUAGCCAAGAGUAUCAAAUUAUAUGCAUAUUUAUGAGAUCAAUAGUACUAAUAAGUAGUAUUCAAAGAUAAAUCAAAUUGAUGUGAAAAGCGAUUCUGAUUAAUGUAGUUAUUAAUUUCCUUAAUAAUAUAUCAAAUCGAAAUGUAUACUUGUGAAUAAGAAUGGAAAAAAUGUUAAUUUAAUAAGGAAAAAUAAAAAAGGUCAUUUUAUCAUACAAUAGUCUAUUCAAUUUGAGCAUAAUGGUAUAUAUGGAUCGAUGAGUGAAAAAUGGAGACUAUUUGAUAACUUGGGAUGUCAGGUCUAAAGAAAUUUAAAUUAGAAAAUAUUAGGAAUUUUGAAUAACAAUGAAUUAAUCAUUAUUCAAAUUAUUAGAAUUAUCAUUAUCUAUAUUAUAUAAUAAAUUUAAUAUUAUCAAUAAACAAUCAAAACUAAAAGCUUUGAUGACCUCAGUUUUAAAUAAUUAAUGUAAAUGGAAAUUGUUAUUAUUCAAAUAAAUCAUCCAAAACAAAAUUUUGGCAAGUGA